CUUCGCUUGCCUUACCACGAAAGGGGCGGGAACGUUGGACGAGUUACGGAGGCGUUGCAUGCUGGGAAAACACGUGUAGCAGAAGACCAGAGAGGUGACACGUUAAGUUUGCCCGCCAUGUCGUCCACAAAGAAGCCGGACGGCGACGAGCGCUUCCUGCGGGUGCAGAAGGACCCCAGGUUCUGGGAAAUGCCCGAGAGAGACCGCAAAAUCAAGAUCGACAAGCGAUUCCAGUCCAUGUUUCACGACAAGCGCUUCAAGGAGAAGUACACGGUGGACAAGAGAGGCCGUCCCAUCAACCAGACCUCCACGGAGGACCUGAAGCGCUUCUACAAACUCUCGGACUCAGAGGACGACGAGGACGAGGGGGACGCAGAGAGAAAGAAGGCGGCAGAGGGCAAGAAGAAGAAAAAAGUAAAGGAGAAGCUGGUGAAGGCGGAUGAAGAGGGGAAGAAAGGGAAAGCAGCGCUGAGGAAGGGCGGGAAAGGAGAGCAGCUUGAACGAGGUGUCCGAGUUGUUGAAGAGGGGGACGAGGAGGAGGAGGAGGAGGAGGAGGAGGGGGAGAAGCAAACUGCGGAGCGGGACUACGUUGACCGUGGAGACAGCAGUGGGGAGGACGAUGACGAUGAUGAUGAUGAUGAUGACGAGGAGGGGAGCGACGUGGCGAGCGGAUCCGGCGCGGAGGAGUCCGGUCUGGAUUCGGAGGAGGACAGCGACAGCGACAGCGAGCCAGAUCUGGCCCGAGGGAAGGGAAACGUGGAGACGAGCUCGGACGAGGACGACGACGUGGACGUGGACGCCAUCCUGAGGAAAGAGGAAGAGGAGAUCGAACACGACUGGGGCGAGCUGGCCAAAGACGCUCCACGCAGCGACGAGGUUUCUACCCGACUGGCCGUCUGCAACAUGGACUGGGACCGGAUGAAAGCCAAAGACCUGCUGGCUCUGUUCAACUCCUUCGUACCUAAAGGAGGAGCUGUGCUGUCUGUCAAGAUCUACCCGUCAGAGUUUGGGAAGGAGAGGCUGAAGGCGGAGCAGACCAAGGGACCGCUGGAGCUGAGAGCGCUGCCCGACGACUCGGAGGACGACACCGAGGAGGAGAAAGGCUACAGAGAGAGGAUGCGUGACUACCAGUUCAAGCGGCUGAAGUACUUCUACGCCGUGGUGGAGUGCGACUCGGCCGACACCGCUGCCAAGAUCUACCAGGAGUGUGACGGCUUCGAGUACGAGAGCAGCUGCUCCGUGCUCGACCUCCGGUUUAUUCCGGAUGACGUCCAGUUUGAAGAGGAGCCAAAAGACGUGGCGACGGACGUGAAUCUCUCGGACUACACGCCCAAACUGUUCACCUCGUCCGCAAACGCAACAUCAAAGGUGCAGCUGACGUGGGACGAGACGGACAACGAGCGCGUGACCGCCCUGAACAGGAACUUCAACAAGGACGAGCUGCUGGCCAUGGACUUCAACGCCUACCUGGCCUCCUCCAGCGAAGACGAAGAAGAGGAGGGUGAGGAAGGAAGGUUCGAGUUCGGGGAGCCGGAGAGUGGAGACGAAGACGCGACAGCAGAGGCCAAACGGCCGGCUGAGUCCGUCGUCGUGGAGGCGGAGAAGAAACCCCAGAAGGAGGAAGAGAAGAGAAGUAAAAAGAAGAGAAGCGAUGUGCAGAUCUCAAAGUACAGAGAGCUGCUGAAAGGAAUCCAGGACAAAGAGACGAAGCUGCACGAAGACAGAGACAUGGAGAUGGAGAUCACCUGGGUGCCAGGGCUGAAGGAGACGACGGAGCAGCUGGUGAAGAAGAAGCUGGAGGGCAAGGACCAGCUGACGCCGUGGGAGGACUUCUUACAGAAGAAGAAAGACCGCAAGAAGCAGAAGAAAUCGCAAAGAAAAGAGGGAGAGGAUGAGGAAGAGCUCAGCGAAGACGAGCUUCCUCCAGACGUGGAUCUCAGUGACCCCUUCUUCGCCGAGGAGCUCGCCGCUACAGACAUUAAGAAGAAAUCAAAGGGGAGGAAGAAGAAGAAGAAGCAGGAGGAGGAGGAGGAGCGGACAGCCGAGGAGGAAGAGGAGCUGGAGAAACAGAAGGCGGAGAUGGCCCUGCUGAUCGAGGACGACGCCGACGACGCCAAACACAGACACUUCAACUACGACCAGAUCGUGGAGCAGCAGAACCUCAGCAAGCACAAGAGGAAGAAGCUGCUGAAGAAAGGCGGCGAGCCGCUGGCGGCCGACGACUUCCAGGUGGACGUUAAGGACCCUCGUUUCCAGGCCAUGUUCACCUCUCACCUCUUCAACCUGGACCCGUCCCACCCCAACUACAAGAAGACCAAAGCCACGCAGAGCAUCCAGGCCGAGAAGCAGCGCCGACGGGCGGAGGAGCAGCGCCGCGUGGAGGACGCGCUUGGCCCCGAGAAGGCCGCCGCCGGGGCCGGGAAGAAACGGGAGAAAGACUCCGAGCCCCCGACAGCUGAAGGCGCCGCAAAGACAUCACUGGACCCCAGCUUGUCUUUGCUCAUCAAGUCCAUCAAAAGCAAAACGGAGCAGUUUCAGGCUCGGAAGAAACAGAAGUUCAUGUAAGUCGGACUCAACUUUUUCUUCAAGAAAACCCACUCUGGGUUCUCCCCAAAAUCACAGACUGGUACCGGUCACCUCCGUUAUCUGCUGGCGUUCUCCUGGACCGCUGCGUUCAUUCUGCAUCAACGUGGCAUCAUGACUUUGAGUAAACGUACACGCCCGCUUUCCUGAAGCCAAGCGGCGUGUUGUCUGUACGUAGAGCUGGGCGAUAUAUCACGAGAUUUCUGACCAAAUACCUCGAUAUCCACACCGCUACGAUACUGUAGCGUUGACUGGAGGGUGUGUUAGUAUGUGUAUGUGUGUGUGUUAGUGUGUGUGUUAGUGUUUGUGUGUGUAUUAGU